ACUAGUUUCCCCCUCCAGACUAACUAACUAACCAACCCAACACAGCAGACCGAGUCCGCGCAGGAGACAUGGGUCUGCGGAGACACCCAGGGGGGGAAACUCUUCCCAGCGACCCACCACAGCAACUCUGACCGUCCAGGGAAACAGGCCUCCAUCUUCUCUUCACCUGUUUAGUUUUUUUAUUUGCACUUUUUUUUUUUAACUCGACUGACGGGCCGGAAGAGAGAGGUAGACGUCGCAUAUGCGUUUGUGAUACCUGAGGCAAAUUAAAGGGCCACACCUUCACCUGUAGGACGACAGCACAACGACACAUCUGGCCAAAUGGGGUGCCAAUGCUGCCGGAUGGUGAAAGGCUACAUCAGCGACCCCUCGACGGCGGCGGAUGCGCGGAAAGGCGAUUCUGCAGGCAGCUCGCUCUACCAGGCCCAGCACCACGCCGGCGGUGACCCCAACUUCGACCCCCACGCCGGCGGCAACAAGCAGAAGCAGGGCUUCCACAACCUGGGCUACAGCAAGUCCAACGACAGCACGCUCAAGCUCGAGUUCGACAACAACCAGGUCAACCACAGGCUGCACUCCGCGCCGUCCCUCGCGAGGGAGCUGCACCAGCAGGCGAGCGCGCCCCCUGCUGAUGGGGGGCUGUACAUCAUCCAGCCAGAAGCUGUGGGACCGCGAUGGAUGGACAUAGAUCCGAGCCAGGUGCCCAUUUACCCCAACGUACAGCAGUACGAGAACCAUGAAGCACCAACAGAAGGCUGGGACAGCCCCUUCACCCGCUGCACCAUCCCAGGCAAAAGCUCGUCAUUGGACGAGAUCGACGAAGGCGUGGGGGGGACGCCGGAGCACCUCUGGGACACCGGGGAUGAGGGGAGCAUCUUGUCCGUGGAAAUCCACACCAGCACCGCCAGCUUGUCCUCGGGCGGCACGAGGGACGAGCUCACACUGCCAGAGACUCUGGACGUCUCCACGGAGGAGAGCGGGAUCUCGGUGACAAAGAGCGAGAACGAGGAGGAGGUGAGGAAAGACCAGGCGGAGGUGCAGAGCGUCACAGACUCAAUGGUGGCGGAGGCUCUGGCUGCUUUGGAGGCCGCCACCGCCGGGGAGGAUUCCGACUAAAUCCCCCUCCGUCCUCCCAGAGAGACCACAAACUACUCAGAACCAAUCCUGAAAGCAACUUGAGAGCGCAAUCGAAACCGCCACGAGACUUUGCCAAAGUUCUGAACAAGGACGUUUGUAUCUACGAAUGAAGGACAGCUCUGUUUGCAGGAAAAGCGAUUUAUUAUGAAGGCGUGGACGAUCUGUGCGGCCUUGUGAAGGAGGCUCCAGCGUCUGGACUGAACACAUCCUGCAGAUGGACCAUGGUGCACUUAUCACUCCAUGCUCCCAAUAAGCUACAGGGUCAUUUAAUCAUAAUUCAUUACAACGUUUUUAUUAUAAUAGUCAAUAUUUUUUUUAGUAAACACAGUCCCUGCUACCAGGAAUCCCUCCAUUUAAAGUGCCAUGCAAAACUACUCAAACACCUUGAAACAACCACAAACCUCAGCGUAUUUUACUGAUAUUCUGUGCGACCCGUCGAGAGAAAGUACUUCGUCCUUUUAAAGUGAAGUAACAAAAUGUCUGAAAAGUGGGAAAUGCGCUUGUGUUGAGGCUCUUGAGUCGACCACCAUCUAGCAGCUUUGCUCAUUCCGCGGUUUUCAAAUUUGCAAAAUAGCUACAGUUCAGUCAGACUGGAUGGGGAGCGACUAUAAAUAUCCUGUUUGUUUGUUUUAACGUGUUGUUGUAGAUUCUCGGUUUAGGUCCUGGCUUUGACUGGGUCGUUAUUACACAUGAUUGUUUGAUCUAAACUAAUCAGAUGUCGCGUCCUGAUAGGAGGAUCCUCAACCACGGCUUCAAGUGGUUCUUUUGCAGAGUCUAAAGACGUUCUUCUAGGAUUACCUCACAUCUACCUCCAUCUAGCUGUCUGACCAGCUGCUGAAGAAAGCAUCCCCACCUCGUUUAUCACCAUCAAAGCCAAAAAGUUAGAUUUUUGGUCCCUUCUUUUUUUUUUUUUUUUUUUUGCCCUCUCAUUUGACCAAAGCACUUUCUCUAAUUUAUUUGCUGAACCCGUAUGGUUCCACUGGAGUUUAUUUAGGGGUAUGAGAGGAAAGUGGGUGAUUGUAAAUGUAUGCCAUGCUUUUUUCUUUCUUACCAACGGUUUUGAAAACCUUUAAGCCAUGCCCUUCUACUUUACUAUCACACGCUGCUUUGUUUGGUCUGACGUAAAAUAUAUCAACAAAAUACAUGGAGGUUUGUGAUUGCAAAGCGACAAAAUGGAACAAAUUUCAAAGGGAAGGAAUCCUUUUGCAGGGCUCUGUAUCUAUGAAGGAAAGGUCAUGAAAUCCCUUUUUACUGAUGAGUUAUAGUUAGUUCGUCCUUACUCACAACUUUCCUCUUUUAUAUCCUCGCUAAUUUCUAAAUAACACAAAGAAGAAAGAAUCAAUCUGCAAUUAUGAAAACAAAAACGAUGGGGAAAAAAUGAGUUUUAUAUCAGAAAUGUCCAUGCACAUAAUGAAGGUUAAUUAUUUUUAAUUGUUAUUGUUCUAAGAAAUUUGUCUUCUUUCUGCCUUAAUUUCUUAGCUUUUCCAGCCAAGGUUAACAAGCCAAGCGAAGGUCAAUUAGUCUCAGUGCACACUUAAACACACAAGCGCCAUAAAUUUAGCCCGCUUUUUUUUUUUAAGGUCAAGCUUUGAAUAUGUAAAAUUUGUGACAUCUGUUGAACUCAUGUGCCUAGAAAUGAGUUAAUUAAGGCCCACUCAAUGCUGACGUAAUCCGGUUGUAAACGAAAUGGUUUGCUCAGUUUAGUUCAUUCUUUGUUUGCACUGAGAAGCCCCGUUUUAAUCGUUUGCCUGCCAAAUCAUUUCUUCCUGUUACGUUUGUGCCUUUAAAUAAAUUCAACUGUAAUAAAGGCUGUCUGAAAUAA